AAAAAGCGAUCGUUUUUCCCUUAAGAAAUGGCGCUGUAUAUAUAGGAAUGUAGCCAAAAUUUUGUUAAUUCAGGAAGCAAAAGUUGCAGUUUUAGGGUCGUUAGUUGCAUGAAGAGCUGAUCAGGCUUAGCGGAGUGGACUACUUGAACUUGGGUGAAGCUCAAGUCAAUUUAAAGCUUGAUUUGAGAUCUUGCAUGCAGGGAAAACAAACAAAAAUGCUUUCAAGACACUCAUUGCUGCAGAGUACAGUGGUGUCCAAGUUGAACUUGCCCAGAAUUUUGAGAUGGGUGUGUCAAAUAAAACCCCAGAGUUUAUUAAGAUGAACCCUAUUGGGAAGGUUCCUGUGCUGGAAACUCCUGAUGGGCCCAUCUUUGAGAGCAAUGCCAUAGCACGAUAUGUUGCUCGCUUGAAGUCUGACAAUCCUCUUUGUGGCUCUUCGUUAACAGAAUGUGCCCAUGUUGAGCAGUGGAUUGACUUUGCAUCACUGGAGGUUGACGCUAAUAUUUUGAACUGGUUUAGACUAAGAAUGGGACACACUGUUUACCUUCCCCCAGCUGAGGAAGCUGCUAUUUCUGCAUUGAAGAGAGGUCUUGGUGCUUUGAAUACAUAUUUGGCUUCAAACACUUACCUGGUUGGGCAUGCUGUGACCCUGGCUGAUAUUAUCAUGACAUGCAAUUUGUAUUUGGGAUUCACUCGGCUCAUGAGUACGAGCUUUACCUCUGAGUUCCCUCAUGUUGAGAGAUACUUCUGGACCAUGGUUAAUCAAGCAAAUUUCAGCAAGAUAUUGGGUGAGGUUAAACAGACGGAAAAAGUUCCACCUGUUCAGUCUACAAAGAAGCCUUCCCCACCAAAAGAAGCUGCAAAACCAAAGCCUAAGGAUGAGCCAAAGAAAGAAGCGAAGAAGGAACCAGCAAAGCCCAAAGAAGAAGCUGGUGAGGAAGAGGAGGAGGCACCAAAACCCAAACCAAAGAAUUCUCUUGAUCUACUGCCCCCAAGUAAGAUGAUACUGGAUGAGUGGAAGAGGCUCUACUCAAAUACCAAGACCAAUUUCCGUGAAGUUGCAAUCAAAGGUUUCUGGGACAUGUAUGAUCCGGAGGGAUACUCUCUUUGGUUCUGUGAUUACAAGUACAAUGAUGAGAAUACUGUCUCAUUUGUCACCAUGAACAAGGUUGGUGGAUUCCUUCAACGGAUGGAUCUGGCACGCAAGUAUGCCUUUGGGAAGAUGUUGGUGAUCGGCGCAGAAGCCCCAUUCAAGGUGAAGGGUCUGUGGCUUUUCCGUGGCCAGGAAAUUCCUCAAUUUGUAAUUGACGAGUGCUAUGACAUGGAGCUUUAUGAUUGGAGGAAGGUUGACUUAACAGAUGAAGCCCAGAAAGAGAGGGUCAAUCAGAUGAUAGAGGAUCAGGAGCCCUUUGAGGGAGAGCCUCUUUUGGAUGCCAAAUGCUUCAAGUGAUUUAGUUUUAUAUCAGCGUAGUUUUUGUAAUAUUGUGCGUCCAUCUUUGGAUAGAGUUUAUUUUUGUUCUAUUUUGUGGAUUAAAAAACAUAAAUAGUGUAAUCUAUAUUUUUGUCAUCUUAUUAUUUAUUUUUCUUUUUUCUUUU